CAUCCUAUUUGUUUUCUUAAUAGUUAUACUAUACAUAUUGAAUCAAGAUGGAACUUGCUAUUCACCAGGAUGAUGCUAACAUCUUAUUACAAGAGAAGAAUGUCUUAAAUGAAUCUUCCUUGGAAAAAUACAGAGUAGCUGGUCAAGUCGCUCAAACUUGUCUUCAAUAUAUUGUGAGUUUGAUUAGAGACUCAUACCAUUUAGGUAAGACUCCUCAACCAUACACCUGUCAAGAAUUAUGUAUCUUGGGUGACUCUUACUUAAAGACUACCCUUGAUGGUGUUUUCAAGAAUGGUUCAGUCAGAGAAAGAGGCAUUGCCAUGCCAGUUAGCAUCGAAGUUAACGAAUUGGUAGCUGGUUUCUCCCCAGAGUUGGAUGAUUCUGCAAACUUCAUUUUCACUCCAGGUGAUAUUGUUACCAUUUCUUUGGGUGCUCAUAUUGAUGGUUACACCGCCAAUGUUGCUCAUACUGUUGUUAUUUACCCAGCUGGAACUGAAAAGCCAGAAGGACCAUUGGUUGGUUCUAAGGCUGAUAGUGUUUGUGCUGCUCACAUUGCUACUGAAACUGUUGUUGCUUUGUUAGGAACUGUUUUAUCCCCAGAAAAAUUACCACAAUCAAUCAACUUCUCCAACAAUCAAGUCACCGGUACCGUUAUUAGAAAGUUGGUAGAUUCUAUUGCUGCUUCUUAUAACUGUGUGGUUGUUCCAGGUUCUAAGGUAAGAAGAGUUAGAAGAUUUUUGGCUGGUCAAGCUGAAGGUAUUGUGGCUGAAAGAGAUUUCAAGGGUGUUGUUUGGUCUGAAUCUAACCAAGAAGAUGCUUUAUUGUCUAAGUCUACUUUAAGUAAGGAUUUGGUUCUGUAUGACAAUGAACAAUCUAAGAAGGGUCACAACCUGAGUGCUGUACCAACCGAUGAGUUCGUUGUCUCCCCCGGCGAAGCUUACAACAUUGACAUAAAAAUGGCUCCACUUGGUGACUUUAAGGAAGUUGGUUUAAUUACUUUGGAAACUGUUGAUGAAUUCAGUGGUGUUAACCACAAGAAGGAUGCUUUUAAGGCUAAGUCUACCAUCUAUAUCAGAGAUGUUAUCAUCAAGCAUGCAUUGAAGUUGAAGACUUCCAGACAAUUGUUGGGACAAAUCGAUAAGAACUCUGUUUUCCCAUUCAAAUUGAGUCACACUUCUAGCAAUUUCCCAAUUGAUAUUAAGGAAACUAACCCAGAAAAAAUUCAACAACAAAUCAAACUUAUUGAAAAGGAUUUGAAAUCUCAUAGAUUAGGAUUGGCCGAAUUAAGUAACAGACAUUUGGUUAAGCCAAAGCCAAUUCAAAUUGCCAAGUUCAUUGCCUUUGAAAAGAUUUUAAUGUCUAAUAAUGUUACCGGACCAAUGGGUUACGAUGUAGCUAAGCCAGUUUUACCUGGUUUGGAAUUAUCUUUGCCAAAGUUGGGAAUUUCAAGUUUGAAGUUGAAGUCCUUAUUAAAGCAAUCUACUGCUGUUCCAGUUGCUAGAGAAUCUACAACUGUUUUAUUAGUACAAGAUGGUGCUUACUCCAAUGGUAAGGCUGAAGUAUUGAGAUUGACUGGUGGUAGCAAGACCUUCACCCCUAGUUGGGUUCAUUCUAACCACAACUUAGGUGGUGACUACUUGGAAGCAAUCAGUCAAUUGGAUGCUUUGACCAAGGACAAAAAAUUCGGCAUUAGAGUAAGAGAAUGUCAACCAUUAAAGUUGGCUGAAAAGGAGGGUAUGCAAUUAGAUUAGAUUAGGAACGUUAAGAAAUAUACUAUAUAACAUUCUAUUUACAAGACAG